AGUGGCUCUAGAGAACAUAUAGUUAAUAAGAUUAUUCAUCGUUGUUCCACUAGGUACACUAAAAAUAUAAUAUCUCACAAGACACAACUUCAUGACUAGGCAUUGGCGGAAGUAAUGUCGAACCGCCUACCCCGCAUUGGGGGUUGUGCCGGCAAGGGCACGCGGCGCAUCUUCUAGCAGACACCUCUACCGAUACCGGAGGGCGUUCUCAGUGACAAACGAUCGGUGUCAAGUUGCCGAGAUUUGGAGUAAGAACGCUGUUUCGGUUCGAUAGCUGGUUGGUAGGACGUCGAUCGCGGAACAUGCUGUGACACUCGUAUCACGAAUCACUAUCACACGCAGUUUUCCCGAAGUUUUUGAAGAAAUAGCCAGCGCAGUUGCGGUCACAGCAAGUACUUGCACCGACCUGUACCAUUUGCGCAGUUGAGCUGGUAUAGCUCUUUGCGAUUCAUUUCCAUCGACGGUGUGAAUGCUAAGUCGGUUGGUCAUCUGCUUUGAGUGCAUCAACGUCAACGCGUUUUUGACCCACUCCUAAAGCCUGGAGCCGUUUGCGGUCUUAGCAGCGAUACCGCAGUCUACGCAAACAACAGAUAGAGGCUUUUUCGGCGCUCUAUCAUCACCAAGUUCGCAACUACAGUUGUUGCACAAGACAAAGAAGACCAUCUUCAUACACAGUAACGUCAUCCUAGAAUCCUCACAACAUCGUUAAGCUAGAAGUAGGGCUACAAAAUGGGAAAGAAAGGAAAGGGAAAGAAACUCUCCCCCGAGGAGAAGGCUCGGGAGGAGGCGCUAGCUGCUGAGGCUGCCGAAAGAAGGGAACUGCAGGUGAAUUUUUACUUUUCAUGGAUGUAGUACUAGAUUGUUUUGUCAUCAUUUGGAGUAGUCCGUAUUGUUUUGGUCUAGAAAUUCAGAGUAGAUUUAGGGUAAGGGUGGUUUGAGGUUCUCUCUGUAUUUUUCUUGGUGCAUUCCUUUGUACUCUGACUCAUUCAACAUACACGACAACUCAUUUUUGCAUAAUAUUGUUCCUACAAACGGAAACCUUUUUCACGACACUAGUUGAAAGCGAAGCGGCUGAAGGCAGAAUGCGAGGGAGAGGAGCGAUUAUACAACACUUUCCUCCAAGAGAGGGAGAAAGUUAAUUAUUUUUGGAUAGUCGAGAAGAAAACUCUAGCGGAGAAGCAAGCGGAGCUAAGGAAUCAGGAACGGCAACUGCAAGAUCAGGAGGAACGACAUCAAAUUGAGCUGAAAAUGUUUCAGCAGCGAUUGAAACAUCUCAGGUGAGCGGGAUCGUUUUUCUCGGUUUUGUUCAUGGUGGAAAUUGUUGUGGUUUUUUGGUCUACAACAAGUGUCGGCCGCCUCUCCGUCCUCCACAAGUCUAGUUCCAACGAAAUUCUCAGAAAAUACAACCACAGGUAUCACGAGCAAGACGAAGUAGUGGAGUUGAAGCAGCAGAACGAGUAUAAGCUCAAGUUGCAAGAGGACAGGCACCGACUAGCGGAAGCUGAACUGAGGAAAGACAAAGCGGCGAUAAAAAAGGAUAGCCGGACGCAGGAGGUGCAAGUGGAGGAAUACAUACGUACUCCUACAACUUUAUAGGAAUGAAAGGGAAGACAAGGAAAAGGAUAACGUUGUUUCAUUGCAGUGUUGUCAGUGAAGUUUUGGUUUUUUAAUAUUGUUGCCUUUGGAUGCACUUGAAUAUGAAUGAUAUCGUGAGAUUCUUGGUGAAGUCUAGUCAUCACGAUAGGAUAGUGAGCAAUAUUUUGAAAUUCAAAAUCAGGUUCAUUGAAGCUCAUGCAGGAUGGGAAGAUAGGGGCAUUACGGUUAGAGUUUGACGAGAAAGCUCGUGAUCUUCAGGCGCAUGCCGCUCAGAAAAUGAAGUCUAUUAGGGACGAAAUGGAGAAGCAACGAAUAAACGAGCGAACAGCACUAGAAGACGCGAUGCAUGCACACAUAGCGAGGUGUAUGGCCCAAAACGCUAAGGACUUCCACGAAAUCAAGCUCUAUUACGGCGAUAUCACCUCUAGCAACCUGGAACUCAUCAAAAGGUACUUAUUGAUUCCAGUACCCAUUUUUAGUAUAUCUGCUCCUGCUGGUAAGUUACCGAACAACAUUUUCUUGAUCAUUGAGGGAUUUCUUUGCUAUUACUGGAUAAAUAUGAAUAUGAUGCAGCGCUCUUGAAUUUGUAAUGCUGGCUUAUAAUUGUUGUGAAAACGAUGAAAAACAAGGUUGAAAGAGGAGCACGCGGAGUUAAAGAAGCGUGAGAGUUCCGAUGCGAAGCAGAUGUAUGAUCUCCAGCAAAAGAAUAAGCAGCUCGCGGAACCCCUUAAACGGGCUCAACAGGAUGUCGAGAGGCUGCAGGAAGAGGCCCAACUCUAUGCGCAGGACCGCAAGAAACUAGCAAAUAUCAAAGCGAAGAUAAAAGAGCAGGAAACAACGUUAGGGACACGGGCGUUUCAGACAGAAGUACACCUUUAUUGUUCUCUAUCCGUGCGGCUGUGGGUAGUUGAUGCGUCGGCUAUCAUUUCCAGCAUGGAAUCAAUAGAGACUACAUCUCUAAUUUAAGAUUUUGCUUUUUGUUUCUUGUUCUAGUUAGGUGCUCCACCACUUCUCUGAUAAUAUUCAGCGUAGGAGAGUCUUUCUUUGGUCGUUGCCCUGUGUUUGUUGCUCUUUACCAGGACUUCGCAUUCACAGAUCUUCUCCACCGAUUUUACCUUGAGGUUCUUUUGCAGCAGACAGAUCGGGUAGAAAAGGAAAGGGACGACUUGUAUCGAAAAUUUUCCGACUGUAUCUACCAAGUGCAACAGCGAUCUGGAUUGAAAAACUUCUUGCUCGAAAAGAAGAUGACAACACUGGGAGAUCAACUCGAGAUCACCGAUGCAGAGGUACUAUCUCUAUCGCCUACUUGUUUUAUUUUUCCAGGUCCACAUCAAACUGGACAAAUGGGGCAUCUUGUCCCAUUUUCUAGUUCUGACACUCUACAUCCUUCUUUCGCUUCACAAAGCUUGGGUUGUAAGUUCUCUCCUACUUGUAGCUGCUUCCUCAAUGGCUAAUGCGUCUUGCGCUAGUUGAUUAACUCUACUACAGAGCAAGGUGUGCAGCCUUACCCGCUGUCUCACCCACUCCACCAGGUCUCAGAGCUGGUAGCCUCGACGGGACAGGAGCCGGGUGUCGCGUCCAAGAUGGAGGAAUUAGUACGACACAAAAACGAUACGAUAGCAGAGCUGCAUACCGAACUUCAGCGCAUAAGAGAGGCGCACACAAAGAUGACAGAGGCAUACGAGUCAAAGCUCGCUGCUUACGGCGUGCCUGUAGAGGAGCUUGGCUUCAUCCCUGCUUGAGCAACCUGGGGUUUCGAGUUUGCCUGCAGGGGAGCUUGGCUUCAUCCCUGCUUCUGGUUCUGGUGCGAAGCCCUGUUCCUUCUUCUUAGACCUGAGGUUUCGAAAUUUGGAGUGCAACUUUGCUCUUAUGCUUUUUGAAGUUUUCUGCCGUUCGUUGUGCACUAAGUUGUCUGUUGUCUAGAAGUAUCUACUCGUGGUUGUAUACUAGAAUAAUUUAUAGAACGGAUGUAGGAUGGACUUGGAUGGAUCGGAUGGACCCCCCUAAAUCUUCCGAUCCUACUUGAAACGAUGGGAAGCCCAUCCGCUCCAUCCGAUCCAUCUCCUCCCGGAUCUGCCACCCCUAUAAAUCAUUCUAGGUAGUAUAGUACUCCUCGUGUUGCGUGGCAGUUCGCAGGGGUGCGCAACUGCUCAUGUCAUGUUCUUAAAGAUCUUACAGUCGACGUUGUUUAUGCUUUUAUUUUGAUUUUCUCUAAGUAACGCUUAUUACGCAAGUCCAGAGUAGUUAACUCCUUUCAUAAUUGUGCCUGAUAUCAACACUAGGAAAUUCAUCAAUCAGUUAAGCAGUUGUGGUGCUGCAAGAGCGCGACAGCCACUGGUUUGCUAAAGCAGUUAUUCACCGUAUCAAAUCUAGAGAUUCAUUUGUGUAAGUUUACUGACGCGAAGUUUGGAAGAUUAUAUCCCGAUGGGGACAAUAAAUUAAGUGAAGAUACGUUACGAAGCAAUCUACAGCCCAUACCCAACCACUCGGGCUCUUGGGGUGUGAAAAUGCAUUCUGUCAAUGAUAUUUUCGUGUAGUAGCUUCUAGAUUUGCGUUCGCGAACCUAGAAGAUUCGCGAAAAGCUAGAAGGACUAUUUUUUCUAGUACAGCAC